AUGGCCUCUUGUAAACCUGCUACCACUCCAGUUGACACUAAGUCCAAACUUAGUGCAGAUGUAGGGCCACCUUUUCGGGAUCCUACUUUGUAUCGCAGUUUAGCAGGUGCUCUUCAGUACCUCACUUUCACCAGGCCAGAUAUUUCCUACGCGGUACAACAGGUGUGUCUAAUUAUGCAUGAUCCCCAGGAACCUCAUUAUGAGGAAUUGAAACGCAUUUUGCGUUAUGUUCAGGGUACCAUUGAUCACGGUUUACAUUUAUAUCCUAUUGUUUCACAUCGGCUUAUUACUUACACUGAUGCUGACUGGGGAGGUUGUCCCGAUACCCGACGUUCCACAUCAGGAUACUGUUGCUUUCUUGGGGACAACCUUGUAUCUUGGUCAUCUAAGCGUUAA